AUGCGAUCUUCACUUCUCUCAGCCAUUGCCUUGGCAGCAAACGCAGCUGCGCAAAUCACCUUCCAAAACAGCAGCGGCACGAUUUUGCGAACUGACUCUGGAUCCUACGGCCCCGAGAUAGAAGAAUACCACUACUACUACUCGCAAUGGCCCAUAGGACUCGCCAUCUCCUCCACCGGCCGUUUCUUUGCCACCUACACACGCGGCAGCUACGCAUACACACUGGGCGAAGUCGUCAACGAAACAGCAGAAAUACCAUACCCAUCCGCUGGGCUCAACCUCCCCGUUUCCCAGUUAAACACGAGCUGGAAUGGCAUCCCCUUCGGUAGUGGAAACAGUACUGGGUUAAUCAGCGUACAAGCACUAUACAUCACCCCGGAAAACUCCAGAAGACCCGAAACACUCUGGGUAGUAGACACAGGUCGACCCACCAUUAUGGACUCAACCGGCGCACCAUCAAUGCCAUAUGCACAACCCGGCGGCCCCAAGAUCCUUGGUAUCAAUCUAGCAAACGAUAGCGUAUACGCGACCUACACUUUCCCUCCCAUUGUCCACUUCCCAGAUUCCUACAUGAACGAUAUCCGCUUCGACCUGCGUCCCAAUACUACGGCAUCUGGAUCUGGCGUUGCAUACAUCGUCGACAGCAGCGACGAAGGACGUCCCGGUUUCAUCAUCUUGGACCUAGGCACGGGCGAGAGCUGGAGAAGACUCACACAACAUCCAUCUACAUUGCGUGUAGACCGUGACGUACCUUCAUACCAAGGCAACCCAUUCUACCAACGCACAAUCGGCCAGCCUAUCCAAACGCUACGGGAAGGACUCGAUGGAAUACAAAUUAGUCCCGAUGGCUCAACGAUUUACUACAGUCCCUUGACAUCGGAUUAUUUGUAUUCCAUCCCUACUGCGAAUCUCCUUACACCUUCCUCGGACCCUCUCGCCGAGAUCAUGGCGGCGAACAACGUAACUAAUCUCGGUCAGCGCGGCGGAAACGCAAAUGGCUUCGAAGGCGAUAACAACGGGUUGAUAUACCAGUGCAUGCCUGAGCAUAAUGCGAUUUAUGUUUACGACCCAGAGACGCUGCGCACGGAGCCUUUUGUGAGGGAUCCACGCAUUAUUUGGCCAGAUGGAGCGAGUGUAGGCGAGGAUGGGUAUUUGUAUAUGAAUAUUAAUCAGUUGCCGUAUCAGCCGAACUGGAACGAGGGCGUUGAUGGGAGAGUGUUUCCGGGGGCGGUGUUGAGGGUUAAGCUGCCGAAUGGGGGAAGAAAGAUUACGACUUUGGGCUGA